GGCAGCUCCCCAGUCAAUUGCCCUCGAGUCAACUUUGAGUGGCAAUUGCCUGGUCUAUUCAUUAUUCACGCUCCUGCUGACCUGGAGAUCUCCCUCGGUUAGGAGUUGCGGAAGUCGGUCGUCGAGCUGCCACCUCUAGAUCACCCGUUCGGAUAGCUGGGACUGUUGUCGAUCGCCAAGGUCUCUUCAGCAUCCUUCAUUUCUUGCAUCCUCAUUUGCCAUCGAAAAAGGAACCUUGCCCUAGUCUCGGUACUCUCCCUUUUUUCCCCCAAUCACUAAGAACUGACCCACUGUGAGCUUGGACGCUACUCUAUGGGCAAACGGCUUAGAUCUACUGGUAAUACAUCGGAGUUGUAUACUGCUGGUUAUGUUUGAGGUGGAACGCCCUUUCUACCCUGAACAUUCCUUUCUGUUGGAAACUGUCUCCUGAGUCUUCCACAUCCCGUUGUAGUCCAUCCAUUAACCCCCCUGGGUCUCUUGUCUCAUUUUCUGCGACUAUCUAGCUUUCAUUAUGGCAGCAAGGCCUUUAACAUUGGCGCCAUUUCGCGCAUCUCACCGAUGUUCUCCUCUGUUCUCUGGAACUGCGCUAUUCUCAUUCCACGGACAUAGUUCUGUCGCGCGGGAAAGAUGGUCAGGCCUUCGAAUGGAGCUUCGCAGCUCUUCGUUCUUCACAUUGGCUGGCACAUCAAACUCAUUACGAAACAAAUGGCUAAGCAUUAACAAUUAUGUGGCUUUGGGGGUGGAAUCACGAUGGAGCCAAAGUUCUGCCCUCCAAAGAAGAUGGCUUGCCACGAAAAAGUCCUCUAAUGAGACCGAUGCUCAUAGAUCUCAAACUGGCUUGAAAAAGUCCCCAAUUCUCUCUCGCAUUCCCCUACCUUCAACUCAUGAGAAUAUCUACACGGUCCCCAAUAUUUUGACCUUCACGCGCCUGGCAGCCGCCCCUCUAGUGGGGUAUUUCCUUGUGCAUGACUAUCAUCAGGCCGCAUUAGCCCUGUUUGCUUAUGCUGGAAUUACCGACCUCGUCGAUGGUUAUAUCGCGCGACGAUAUAAUCUCCAGACAGUCGUUGGGACGAUCAUCGAUCCCAUGGCUGAUAAGCUUCUGAUGACCAUCGGAGUUGCUUGUCUAGCAGUUAAUGGGUCCAUCCCAGUGUGGCUCGCCGUCAUUAUCCUCGGUCGUGAUGUUGGCCUCGCGAUAUCUGCGAUUUACUAUCGCUGGAUUUCUCUUCCACCACCCAAAACCAUGGCCCGGUAUUGGGACUUCUCCCUGCCUUCUGCGGAAGUAAAACCAACGACCAUCUCCAAGGUCAACACCGCCCUGCAACUGCUACUCGUGGGUAGCGCCAUCGCAUUGCCCGUUGUUCCCGAGGUAAUUGUAGACGCAUGGAAUCUCAAAGAAGCAAUGACUGGAUUUCAGUAAGUGAAAUUUGUCCUUAUUCCCCACCCUCUUGUCCUUCCCUUUUGUUUCUGCGAAAAGAAAAAUGGUCGGAGUGGGCAAUAUAAGCCUUUUCGGAGACACUCCCAGCACGUACGACCAUAGGGUGUGGAGAACAGGGCUUCCCGUCCGCUCAGCCGUACUUAAGCCAC